UUGAGCCCACUCAUGCUACAAAACCUACUGGCUAAAUAUUAAAAUGACCCAGCUUCAGUUAGCAGCAAUAUGGUUAAUCAUGUGGGGAGAAAAUGCCAUUAUGAAAUAAAAACACCCCUCAAAGGGACAUUUUGAAAGUUUUUAUAAUUGAUCAAAAAUAAUCUCUGGAGCAAUGAAAAAAACAUUGUGUAAUUUAUAAUAACUGAUUUUCCUUUAUACUUUUAUUUCAUAAUGUCUCACAUGUUUAUUUAAUUAUUGAAUGAAUUGUGUGCAUUUAAUGUUUUUUCAUUAUGAGCUAAAGUCAAUGAAUCGAAUAAGAAUAUAGGCCAAGAAUGUAUUUAAUUGUUAAUGUGCCUCAACUGAAAUUAAAAUACAUGCAGGAAGUCUGAAUUAUGUCUUGAGGGCUUUCUUCAUGCUCUUAUCUUUAAGAUAAGAUUUGCUUUGCACACAAAGUCUCUAUUUUUUCCCCACAAUUGUUGCACAUGUCACAUUGACCCACUGACUAUGAAACUCGUUAUUAAAUACAGACUUGGUGUGCAAAGACCUUUUAUAAACAUUUGUUUUAUUUGCCCGUUCUUACAAUUCAAGUGCAGAUAUCUGGUGUCACUAUGGGCUGUAAAGUAACUUGCAUAUAUAUCUAAACAGCUCUCUUCCUCUCACAGCUUCCUUAUACGGCUGGGCUGCGCAGGCUGCUUGGACUACUUCACAGCACAAGGCCUAACCAACAUCUACCAGAUUGAGAACUAUAACAUGGAGGACCUGUCCAGGAUGAAGAUCCCUGUGGAGUUCCAGCACAUCAUCUGGAAGGGCAUCAUGGAGCACCGACAGGCCAUGGAUUUUUCCCCACCUCCCCACAUAGUGCGCACCACCAGCGGGGCCUCCUCCGUCAGCAUGGGCUCCUCCGAGGCCCGGGGCGAGCGCGUCAUUGACGCAGUGCGCUUCACCCUGCGCCAGACCAUCUCCUUCCCACCACGCGACGAGUGGUCUGACUUUUCCUUCGACCUGGAUUCUCGCCGCAACAAACAGCAGCGCAUCAAGGAGGAGGGCGAGUGAGGCGACCCGCGUCCUCUUCUCAAUUCCCCCCAAAUCUCACCUCGCGCCUGCUGUUGGAACAUUUCAUUUGAAAACCCUGGUAUCAGUGCAAAUACUGCUGAGAACAAAAUACAUAUUCACAUCGAGAUGCACUUAUUUUCAUUGUUGUUCUGGUUCUCGUAGUCGCAGAAAAGAAUGGUGUCGAGCAAAGACGCAUUUUAUUAUGUUCUGGUCUCUUGAGAGCACUUAGGAAAUGCUGAGGACUUCAAGAUGAUUGCUUUGAGCUUGUGUUAAGUGGCCGUGAUUCAUUCCCAUGUUAAAGCAUGACUGGAAACUAACGUUGCAUUAAAGGGCUUAUUAGGGCUUGUAUUUCUGCUAUGGGCCGUAGCAAAAGUGUAUUUUACUCUGUCAUACUUUUCAAGUUUUCACAUAUGGCUGUACGAGUUAGUCGAGUACACUGGUUUUCAUGUGUGGCAGAAGUCAGCAUUGAUUGUAAACAUUUCAAACAUUUCCUGUCAGAAGUAUUAUGUCAGUUGAUGGGCAAUCUGUUUUCUACUGUAGCUUCUUUAUUUUGCUUUUCUUAUGUCUGUUGUGAGACCAAUGCAUCACCUUGCUGUGUCAGGUUGUGAAGUGUGUGUGCUUAAGUGACAGAUGGUCGUUCAUUUGAUGUAGCCAUAUAUAGGCCUAAUGCUCUUGACCCAGUGUUUUACAGUACGUUGAUACUAUGACUGAUGUUGUUUGUUCUUGUUUUACUGCCGUGCAAAAGUGGAUGAGUGAUAAAGAGCAGACCUUUGUUUCUUGCAGCGGGUGCCUAACACAAGUAUUUCUGUUUUUUAUUCAUAAACCAUGUUUUGGUAGAGGUUUACUUCAUUUUAUAACUGGCCAAAACCUAUGAUAUAGAUGUAUAUAAAUUUGUAUAGUUCUUUUAUGAAAGUCUCCUAAAGAAAAUGACAUGGUUUUCAUCAUGGAAAAAAGCAUACUGUUGUGAAUAUUGCCUGGAAGCUUCAUCGGCGAGGACACUGUUCGUAUGAGUUCUGACGGGUGUGUACUGUAUGCGUGUAGCCUGAAUUAGCUCGCAGCCGAUUUUCAACAUGGUUUCAAUUAGCGAGCAUUUGCAUUUUCAUAUUUUUGUACAAUGUAUUGUAAAUAUGUUGCAAUAUACUGAGGGUAUUUUGAUAUAAAUCUGAAAUAAAUAUCCAUACUUGCUGAAUUGCAUUUUAA